GAUGAUGUGAUUGAUGAAUUGAUUCCCAUGUUCACUCCGGCGUCAUUGUGCCUCACAACCACUUCACACUCAACUCAUUCCUUUUCGCGUCCGACCACUCGUAUCUCACCCUUUGUCGCUCCUUCUCAAUCGCACUGUCUGAUUAUCUAGCCGCCAAUCGCGUCGACCGCCUGUUUCGCCAUUUUCCUCAGCGCCAGUCGCAAGGAGACAGACACGUCGCGCUCUCUCUCCAGCCCACUGAUUGCAGCAUGGAGUAAGGCGCCGCCAGAGCGCGCACGACACCUUGUAUCCGUCUUGACUCUUUUCAUCUCACGACCUCACUGUGAGCCCUCGCCCGCCCGACGUCGGGCAUUGCGCUGCCUGCCAUGCCCUUCAUCAAGGGUCCAAUCUCGCUGCAGGGCCGCAGCUCGCACAUUGUCCUCACGCUGGUCAUCAUUGUGCUCUUCCUCCACACACUCCGAAUCGUCAGCCGACCAAAACCCCCCAGUGCCCUGCUACGCGAUGCAGAGAUACUACCAGAGGGCAGCACAUCGCCCGAGGAGCUCUACUUGCAGCGAUUGAGCAAGGAUCUCGGCCUCACGAGUGAGCUCUCGUGGCGCGCAUGGCGCAUUGUUCCAAGCGAGCAGUCAGAGGACUGGCCCUCCGUCACAGAGGUUAAUCUCAAAUUUGAAGCCGUGCAGCCAAAACUCGUCGACACUAGCGCGCCCGACCGCCUAGACUUGUACGCCAAAAAGCGCAUGGAGCUGCCCGUGCCCGCGAGUCCCUUGCUGGGUCGCGUAGACGCGUCUGAUUUUUUAUUCGGCAUUUCGACGACGUAUGCGCGCAUCAAGGAUCGCGACUUUGCCAUGAUCAAGGCCUGGUCCCGCUGGCUCACCGAUGGUCACCACCACAGCAACGGCGCGAGUCUGGUGGUUGUCCUGAACCAGGCGCGCAACGAUGAGUUGGAGGAGAUUGACAUGACGCUGCAGGCCACGGGCAUCGAUGCCUGGGUCACGACGACAGAGGAACCCAUGAGCAUGGCUAGGCGAUACUUUGAGCUUUCACGCAUUCUUAAGACAUUCGCGGCAAACUUGGCGGCCAAUGGCCAGGACAAGAGGUGGUUCGGACUGGUGGAGGACGAUGUGUUCUUCCCGAGCUUGUCGCACCUCCGGGACCGACUUUUCUCAUACAACACUGAUGGGCAGCAUUACAUUGGUCUACCCAGCGAGCGACUAGACUGGGAGGCAAGCGACGACGACCAAGGGCUCAGGACGUACGGAGGUGGCGCCGUGCUCCUGACGAGGCAAUCCAUCUCCGUGGUGCCCACCCUGCCCUGCUUCGAAUCACGCGCCAGCGGGCCGGCUUUCAGGGCGAAGCGAUGGGACCAACUGCUACAUGAUUGCCUCAUGCUCCAUUCUGAGAUCGACAUGCAUGUUCUGCCCGGAUUCUACAACCCCAAGGACGACACAUACGACCGGCAGCUGGACAGCUAUGAGACGGGCCAGAAGCCGCUCCUCCUGCGUCGCUACGCCCAGCGACAUCUUCUCAACAUCAACAAGGCGCAUCUGGUCACUAAUGUGUGUGGCGAGUCGUGUUUUAUGCAGAGGUACUUGUUCGACGACAAAUGGGUCCUUGUCAACGGUAUUUCGAUUUCGCACUAUCCUGAUGGUGUCAAAGUGAGCCGUCCGCUGCCGCCAGGCUCGCCCGAUGCUCCAGCGGCAUCGCCUGGUAAACGUGACGAGGAGCCAUCUCUCGACACACCUACCGAGGACGCACCAACACCAGCAGAGUCUGGUGCGGUUGCAAUCCCGCAGCGGGUAAUCAUUGAUGACGAGCUCGAAGGCAUCGACAAAGCCUCCCUCAGUUGGACGGGGAGGAAGAACAUGUGGCGUCUCGUAGACUCGGCCUUGAGUAAGGAUCGUGCCGUGUGGCAGGCCUACGUGAAGAGAGCAGAUAAGAGGGAUCCGGAAAGCGAUCAACGAGAUUCCGUCAUUGUACUGAUUUGGGAGCACGGGAAGAUGAAUGCUUGAAGGAAAAGCGCCUCUUCUAUUUUUUUUCCACUUGGGUAUUUUCUAUACCUCUUUUUUUGUUUUCCGAACGGCGUUUACACAUGGGAAGACCGACGACUUUUUGUAUAUAGAUUUGUUGGAGAAGGGCUGGUUCCUCGGGGAUGGAGAAGAAGUAUGAACCAGACAUAUGGUACAUUGUGACGAAGACAUAGCAAAGAUACCUACGAAUAU